AUGCUGCACUUUGCUCCCACCUUCCUUCUCUCCCUCCUCGCCGUUCUCCUGGCAGCCGGUGAUGCGCUCGCCGCGCCCACCGAGCUCAAGAAGUCAAAGACGACCGAGACGCGGGUCAUCAACAAUGGCGACGGCACGGCGGAUGUCACUGCACCCAUCACGUUUGAUACCCAGGAGCAGAAAAUGACGUCUCAAGGCAUGGUCACGGAGACAUGUCAAGUUACGAUGACCCCGGUCACACAGAAAGGCCAGGCGAUGAUCGAGGUUGCCCGCGUAUGCAACGUCGACGUCGUGAGCUUGAACUCGACGACAACCGCUGCCGCCGCCACAUCGACGGCCGCUGCCCAGACUUCGGCUUCGGCUUCUGCGGCUGCGACCACAACCGCAGCGGACACCACGUCCGCAGCUGCGGCAACCUCGACGGCCGCUGCCACCAGCGCCGCUGAUACCACCUCUGCGGCUGCAGAGACUUCUGCGGCUGCAGAGACUUCUGCGGCAACGAGCGCUGCAACGAGCGAUACGGCCGCCGCGACGUCUGCUGCGGCGACUUCUGCCGCCGAGACCACUUCAAGCGCGGAUUCUGCAUCGGCUGCUGCCACCAGCGCGGCAUCGUCUGCCACGGAGGCUGCCUCGACCGCAAGCGUGGCGAUCUCCACCGUUGAUCUCUCGUCUAUUCUUGCUUCGCAGAGCGCUGCUGCUGCUACCGCAACUUCGGCGGCUUCUUCGGCUGCUGCCACUGGAGCUGCAGCUACCGCAACGGCGGCAAGUGCUUCGGCAGCUGCCGCAUCGGCUUCCAGCACGGCUUCAGCCACUGCCGCGGCGGCAGCGGCGGCAGAUAACGCGUCCGGCUCCACUGCUACCGCAAGCGCGACUGCUUCGGCUGCUGCCCAGGCUGCUUUCCAAAUCCCUGGCAAGCAGCUCCAGGUGUUGCCCAUCGGUCUCGGUGUCUUCGCCGGCAUCUCCGUCAUCGCGCUCAUCGUCGUCGGUCUCGUCACAUACGAGCGCACCAAGUACCGCCGCGCCUUCCGUCAGAAGAAGCUCGCCGAGCAGGCCGCACCCAUCGCGUACGGCACCGCAUAG